GGUUGUUCUCCGCACCACCCAUUUAAGCAAAUAUCUUGGCGGUCUAGAUCGGCUGACAUAAGCCAGACCAUCCCCGUUUGGGAAGAUAAUAGCUUCAGCCUAGAGCCUAGAUUGUUAACUUUUCUUUGAUGCCUGGCGAUAGAAGCAUGGGUCUGUUCUUGUUCGGCCAAACUACCUCAGAUAUGGGCUAGGCGAAUGCUUCUAUUGUUCAUGUGACGAUCGUUCGUCAUGUCUUCUUCGCGACUACUUCAUCCCGACGAAUAUGAACUGGAAACUCGUUCCUCUGCUGACUCUCAGGAGAGCUUCAACUUAGACGAGGCCGACUUUGAGUCGCAAGUUCCACCUCGACCCAGGCGACUCUUGCGCCGAGUGCCCUUCUUAUCACGGAUUUUUGCUUCCACUUACUCUGGAUAUCGUCGUCUCAAAACCUCCCGGCCCUUGAUCUCGGCUUCGGCGCGACCCAGUUGUCUGCGACGCAUCCUGUUUCGUCGGGCCUGUUUCUAUCUGCAUGCCAUUGUCGGUAUCAUUCUCGCUCUUCUUAUCCUCACUGCAAUCCUACGACCCUCGUAUACCCGACCUCCGCCCCAUUAUACAGCACUUCGAUCAGCCGUAUCACAUUCAAGCGCCUCUGGCCGGGGGAACCCUGAUAAUGAAAAGGUGUUCAUAGCUGUUAGCUUAUAUGAUCGUGGUGGGAAGCUAGCGCAAGGACAAUGGGGCUCUACUGUUCUUCAACUUAUCGACUUGCUUGGCGAGGAUAACGUUUUCCUAAGUAUCUACGAGAAUGACAGUGGGCCGGAGGGGGAGAGUGCGCUACGAGCCCUGGAAAAACAGGUCUCAAGCAAUAAGUCUAUUAUAAUUGAAGAGCAUUUUGACUUGAGCAACCUGCCUAGGGUGACCAUUCCUGGGGGUUCUAAACGUACUAAGCGUAUCGAUUACUUGGCCGAGGUCCGGAACCGAGCCUUACGGCCGCUGGAAGAAUCCGAAACGCAAUACGACAAACUUCUAUACAUCAACGACGUUUUGUUCGAUCCAAUCGAUGCUCUUCAGCUCUUGUUCUCUACUAACGUUGAUGACAACGGUAUCGCCCAAUACCGGGCAGCGUGCGCUAUUGACUUUUCCAACCCGUUCAAGUUCUACGAUACAUAUGCAACGCGUGAUGUGCAGGGCUAUGGCAUGGGUCUUCCGUUCUUCCCUUGGUUUACCUCCGCAGGAGGAGGGCAGAGUCGACGGGAUGUAUUAGCAGGAAAGGAUGCGGUGCGUGUCCGCAGUUGCUGGGGAGGAAUGGUGGCAUUCGAUGCACGAUUCUUUCAAGGCGGUGUGAAACCGGCAGUGGAAAUGGGAGGAGAAAAAUUCCCUGUUCGUUUUCGUUCUGCGCCAGACUUGUUCUGGGAAGCUUCUGAAUGCUGUCUGAUCCAUGCCGACAUCGAAAAACCGCCAUCGAGCGGGGAUGAGAUCGUGGACACUGGGAUCUACAUGAACCCUUUCGUACGCGUGGCAUACGAUAGCCGCACCCUAUCUUGGUUGUGGACGACUCGACGGUUUGAGAAACUCUACUCUAUUAUCCAUGACAUUGGCAGUCGUCUUGUGGGUAUGCCUUGGUUCAACCCUCGUCGAUCAGAAGUUCGUGGUCAGGCUGUUGAGGAGACGGUCUGGGUGCCGAAUAACAAAGACGAUGGAGGCGGAUCUUUCCAGACGGUUACGCGAAUUGCUGGGAAUGACGGUUAUUGUGGACGACGAGGGCUCCAAGUAAUCGUUGAACAUCGCAAAGAGGGCCAGGACGGGUUCGAAAGUAUCCCGGUACCAACGUGAGCCUUGCGAUAUGAUCUUUUGCCAGAGAGAGUUACGUGCAAAUAUUCUUUCUGGAAUAUGGGGUAUAAUGACUAACUCACUCUCUUCUUGUGAAACACAUUUAAAAUAUCAGAGACGUACAUAAUGAAAGGCUGGAAGCUAAUAGAAUGCGGCAGUUUUCCUCAUAAUAACCAGAAUAUUUAUUGAAUAUCUGAUGUAAAGUUGAACUAG